AUGAGUGACUCUGAACAGCCAGCUGAUCAUGAGCAUGGCUCAAUUCAUAGUGGAAACCAACAAAAUGUGAAUAACAACAACAAUAAUCAAAAUAAUAAACCAAUUAGAAAACCAACAAAGGCGUCAGAUGCACCAUCAUUUAUCGUACAGACAGUUCGCUCGGUUUUUGGUUUCAGAAAGACUUCAUUGACUUUAUUUGUCUUUUUAACAUACGCUGUUGUGUUUAUACUAGUGAGUUGGGCUAGACAGAAUUCAUUAUCACUUCCAUCAAAAGAGCCAUCUAUUUUAUCCUCUUCUUGGACUGACCUUCAAGUUAUUUCAUCAAAACCACAUCCAUACACAUCACAUGCCAACGAUGAACUCCAUGAUUAUUUACUUGAAAGAAUAAAAAGCUUGUCAGCUUUGAAGAGUUACAUUACUUAUAGUGAUGAUUAUAAGAACUCUUUAUCUUCAUUUUAUGUUGAACAAAAUAUGUGGAAUGCAUCAGAAGAAAUCAAUAUUCUAAACUAUUUUGAAAGCUCAAAUGUUUUAGCUAAAGUUGAAGGUAAAGAUCCAAGCUUACCAGCUAUCUUGUUGAGUGCACAUUAUGAUUCCGUCCCAACAGCUUACGGUUCUACUGACGAUGGUGCAGGUGUUGCUUCCUUAUUGGGUAUUUUGGAGCACUAUGCAACUUCCAAAUCACAACCUUUGCGCACUAUCAUAUUUAAUAUCAACAAUAAUGAAGAAUUUGGCCUCUAUGGUGCACAGGCUUUUUUUGAUCAUCCAUGGAGUCAAAAUGCAUCAUUUUUUGUCAAUUUAGAAGGAACAGGUACAGGUGAACGUGCAAUUCUAUUUAGGGCAACUGAUUAUGAAAUUGUUAAAUAUUACAAAAAUGCAAGAUCUCCAUUCGGUAGCUCAAUUUUCCAACAAGGUUUUGCAAGUGGAUUGGUUCAUAGUGAAACUGAUUAUAAAGUUUACAAAGAACAUGGUUUAAGAGGUAUUGAUAUUGCUUUCUAUAAACCAAGAGACUUGUAUCAUACAAGAUUUGAUGCCAUUCAACAAACUUCCAAGAAUGCAUUAUGGCAUAUGCUUUCAAAUGCAUUGGAUGUUACUAUCUCCUUAGCUGAAGAUGAAGAAAUUUCCGAUGAUGCAGAAACUCCUGCAGUGUUUUUUGAUAUACUAGGAUUGCAUAUUAUUAUAUUACCAUUAACAAGUAUUUAUGUCAUCAAUAUUGUUUUGUUGGUUGUUGUUCCAAUUAUCUUGUUUGGUUUUGCAAUCAUUAUCAAAAAGAGAGAAAUUUGGGAUAUUGGAUUUAGCUGGAUUAGAUUACCAAUUUCUGUGCUUUUUGCAGGUAUCGGUGCCAAAAUUAUCAGCGAUAUUAUCCAGUACAUAAAUCCUUUAGUUGUCUCAAGAGAUUUCACAAGCCCAUUAGUCACUGUUUCAUCAACUUUCUUAUUCGUUAACUAUGUUAUCUUGACAAUUUCUAACCAUUUUUGGCCGGUUCAUGAUUUCAAAUUGUUGAUUACCCUAGAAGUUUUCUUUGUCUUAUGGAUUGCUCUUGUUGUUGCCACUGUGAAGGAAAAUGCACCAAGUAUUUAUACAGGUGCUUAUCUGCUCACGAUUCUUUAUGGUUUAUAUUCAGUCUCUGUCAUUCUUGGUUUAUUGGGUAUUGCAUUGGCUUCUCCAAAGAAGGAAAGAGUUACAGAUGAUGAGGAUGAAGAAGUUGUUGUUGUUAAAGGACAUCCAGCACAUAAUUCAUUUACCUAUGAUUGGAGUUUACAAUUCUUGAUUUUAGUUCCAUUGACCUUUUUAUUAUCAUAUUCCUCAGUUGAAUUAAUUUUGGAAGGUUUGAAUCAAACUGUUCAAGAAAGUUUGAAAUCAAACACAUUAUUGUUCCAAUUGAUAUUCUUGUUCAGCAUUUUGUUGACAACUCCACUUUUGAGUUUUGCAUACAAAUUGAAUUCAUUAUUUGCAAUUUUAUUAAUCAUUUCUAUUACUGUUGGAAGUUUGAUUUCAAUAUUUGAAGCUCCUUUCACAACAAAUGCUCCUGUGAAACUCAGAUUUGCUCAAUCAAUUGAUUUGGAUGCUGGCUCAACUCCAAUUGUGAAUGUUUUCGGUAGAGAAGGUUUAAUUGAACCAUUUUUGAGAGACUUACCAUCUAUAAAGAGCAAUCAUGAAAAAAUCAAAUGUGAAUCCCUACCGGAUGGAUUACAAACUUGUUCUUAUAAAGCUGAUAGACCUUAUUUGAUUGAUGGUACAUCUAAACAAAAUGAUAUUGAUUCAUAUUUGAGUAUUGAGGUUUUGAAAAAAGGUGCAGAAAGUAACUCAUCUCCAUAUUCACCAUUAACUGGAGAAAUUGCUAUCAAGGCUAAAGAUAAUAGAGCUUGUACCUUAACUUUCAACAGUACCAGCUUUGCAACUGGUAAAUCAGGGAAAUCACCUAUUAGAAUCAUCACUUACUAUAAUGAUAAACCGUCUAAUUCAUCAAGAUGGGGUCAAGAAAAGAAAGCUUUAGUGAAUGUCCCUUCUGGUCGUAGUCAAGAUGAUCAAGGAAAUGAAAUUUUCAAAUGGUUACCAGGUGUUGAUAUUUUCCAAUUACAUAAACUAGAUUGGGAUCAAGAAGCUUAUCAUAUUGGAUUGCAAUGGAUUCCAAAAUGGUUAGAGGAUGGUGAAGAAGAGGAACCAUCAGAUUCACCAAAAAAUAAAUUAGGUGUUCAUGUUUCUUGUUAUUGGGGAGAAUAUGAGCGUGAAUCCAUUGUUGAUGGUAAAGGAGUUUCCAAAAUCCCUGCGUUCAAUGAACUUUUACAAUAUGCGCCAAAUACGAUCUCAUGGACAAAUAGAUAUGAAGGGUUGGUCAAAAUUGACAAGUAUAUUGAGCUAUAA